AGCCACGUGAGCGCGCCCCUUCCGCAGGGUCAUAUGACAAGUGGCAUUAGCUCGCCUGGGUAAAGUAUUUGGUGCUUGUGUUCUCGUCAGGCGACGUGUUUUAAUUAAACUGCAAUUAAAGAAUGGCAACCUUAGUCGCAAAUCGUCCGGACCUCAACGGGCCAGAAGCUGCAGCCAGACAGCACGCACAAGCCGUGACAAGAAACUACAUUUCACAGCCUCGCCUGACUUACUCCACUGUCUCGGGGGUCAACGGGCCUCUGGUCAUCUUGGACAACGUCAAAUUUCCUCGCUAUGCUGAGAUCGUCCACCUCACUCUGCCGGACGGCACUAAGCGCAGUGGCCAGGUGCUGGAGGUGAUGGGCAGCAAGGCUGUUGUUCAGGUGUUCGAAGGGACCUCAGGGAUCGAUGCAAAGAAGACCGCAUGCGAGUUCACAGGUGACAUCCUACGCACGCCUGUAUCUGAGGACAUGCUGGGACGAGUAUUCAACGGCUCAGGGAAACCCAUCGACCGUGGUCCAGUUGUUCUGGCUGAGGACUACCUGGACAUUAUGGGCCAACCCAUCAACCCUCAGUGCCGUAUCUAUCCAGAAGAGAUGAUCCAGACGGGCAUUUCUGCUAUCGAUGGCAUGAACAGCAUCGCCAGAGGACAGAAGAUCCCUAUUUUUUCUGCUGCUGGUCUUCCUCAUAACGAGAUUGCUGCUCAGAUCUGUCGCCAGGCCGGAUUGGUGCAGAAGUCAAAGGAUGUGAUGGAUUACAGCGCAGACAAUUUCGCCAUCGUCUUCGCUGCUAUGGGAGUCAACAUGGAGACGGCCCGAUUCUUCAAGUCGGAUUUCGAGGAGAACGGAUCCAUGGACAACGUCUGCUUGUUCCUGAAUCUGGCCAACGACCCCACGAUCGAACGCAUCAUCACCCCGCGACUGGCUCUGACCUCAGCCGAGUAUCUGGCCUAUCAGUGUGAGAAGCACGUGCUGGUCAUCCUGACGGACAUGAGCUCCUACGCCGAGGCUCUGAGAGAGGUGUCUGCUGCUCGUGAGGAGGUGCCAGGCCGUCGUGGUUUCCCUGGUUACAUGUACACUGAUCUGGCUACGAUCUACGAGCGAGCCGGCAGAGUGGAAGGCAGAAACGGAUCAAUCACACAGAUCCCCAUCCUCACCAUGCCAAAUGACGAUAUCACUCACCCCAUCCCUGAUCUGACUGGUUACAUCACAGAGGGUCAGGUCUAUGUGGACCGGCAGCUGCACAACAGACAGGUGUAUCCUCCAAUCAACGUCCUGCCGUCUUUGUCACGUCUGAUGAAGUCUGCCAUCGGAGAGGGCAUGACCCGCAAAGACCACUCGGACGUCUCUAACCAACUGUAUGCAUGCUAUGCUAUCGGUAAGGACGUGCAGGCGAUGAAGGCUGUGGUCGGAGAAGAAGCUUUGACACCUGAUGAUCUGCUCUAUUUGGAGUUCCUGCAGAAGUUCGAAAAGAACUUCAUCGCCCAAGGUCCUUACGAUAACCGGACAGUGUUCGAGACUCUGGAUAUCGGCUGGCAGCUGUUGCGUAUUUUCCCCAAAGAGAUGCUAAAGCGAAUCCCGCAGAGUACGCUGGCCGAGUUUUACCCGAGAGAGUCCACCGCACGUCAGGGCACCUCCUAACCCUGAAGGACAAAAGUCAUGUGACCUUUUUACCUCCAGCAUCUGUGUGUACUUCCAUCCUGAGUUCAGAGUACAGUAAUGCUUUAAACACGGGGGCACGGCACUGUAAUAGAACAUUUCUAUAUUAAACUCGAGCUCAUGAUUAAUAUGCAGGGACCUAAACAUGUUCGUCACGUGGCCCUGUGUGGAAAGUGUUACUCGGUGCUCUCGGCUCAGUGCUCUGUGUGUGUGUGUGUGUGUGUGUGUGUGUGUGUGUGUGUGGUUUUGUGUGUAACUGAUUAGUCUACAUGUGUCUGGUUUUUAUUUUACUUUUCCCCCACAGACGUAAGUAGCCCUUUAAAUCAGGUAAUACAAAUGCUGGACUUUAAUCUCAUUCUGUGUCACGCUUUUUCCUUCAACCUGAAGAGAAUCUCCUGUGCUGAAAGGGAACAGCGGUGUGUUCAGAGUCUCCGCUCCACCGAUCUCUUUGAUUUCAUCCCUUUUAAAAUGUCUGUUUAUUAACAUUCCUUCGUUCAAUCCACAUUUGUUAGUACAGCAAUAGAAAUACGGCUGAGACCAUUUCGAGAAGCUGCAGUUAUUUAUGCAUUUAUAACACGCCUGAUUCAUGAAAUCAGUCCAAUGUAUAAAAACAUCUGAGACUGAUAACCAGCCUGGACUCCUAGAGUAAAGUACAGUCUUACGCUUUAUUCCUUCCCCUUUCCAUUAGCUUAAAAGUCUUUUUUCUUUCUUUUUUUUCGUUUCAUCAGCCGAACAUAGGUUCUGUUUACAUUGGAUUAUGUGCUGCGAUACCUUGUGAACAUUCCCCUUGUGUCUCGGAUGUUUGCAGAUGGUCUAUUACUGUUUUGAUUCAAAAUAAAUUAAAUUAUAUUAUACUCCUGA